AUGGCAAUCCACAUAACGAGCGCGCAAUUUCCCGAAGACGCCGAGUCAACUCGAUCCCUGUUUUCUGGCUAUGCCUCGUCACUGGGCAUUGAUUUGACAUUUCAGUCAUUCCAGGAAGAACUGGACUCCCUCCCCGGAAAAUAUGCACACUCACAAGGGGGUGCUCUUUUGAUCGCAAGGCGGACCGUUGACCCAAGUCCCACACAACGCGACUCAACAGUUUCCGCCCCACCGCUCCCGCACACGUCGCAGGCCUUAGGCUGUGUAGCUCUACGCCGCAGUACUGAGGGCUGGGGUGAAAUGAAACGCCUGUACGUUCUCCAAGAAGCGCGAGGCGAGCGCCUCGGCGAUAAAUUGGUCCAGGCGAUCCUGGCUCAGGCCAAGGCGCUGGGAUACAAGGGGGUUCGGUUAGACACACUGCCCGAAAUGUCUGCAGCGCAGGCCUUGUAUCGCAAACAUGGCUUCGUGGAAAUUGCACCAUACUAUGAAACCCCAAUCCAGGCGACUGUCUUCAUGGGAUGUGACUUUUCAAGGUCUUGA